AUGCUACCAAAUCGAUGCUACCAAAUACAGGCCCCUGAAAUCCAGGCCUCUGCAGUCCAGGCCCCUGAAGUACAGGCCCCUGAAGUCCAGGCUACCGAAGUACAGGCCCCUGAAGUCCAGGCCUCUGAAGUCCAGGCCCCUGAAGUCCAGGCUAGUGAAGUCCUGGCCCCAGAAGUCCAGGCUACUCAAGUCAAGUCCACGGAUGAAAGUCAACCCAUACCAGCUGCACAACUGCACACAACAUGUACAAGAAAUGUGCCAAAGGAAAAUGAUUUUGUGAGAGUGAAGUUUGUUGUUAAAGCCAGAGGGAGUACAAAAGAACAAUAUUUUAUUGGACAGGUUGUUGAACUUAUUGAUGGGGAACCUGUGGUAUCUUUUUUAAAAGAUACCAAGGAUAGUCAACUAAAGCAGUGGCCUGACAAAACAGAUUUGGCUUUGGUGGAUCCUUCAAUGAUCACAGAUAUUCUACAAGAGCCAGAAACUGUUUUAACUGGCAGAAGACUACUGUUGAAAUUUAAUUAAUAUUUUUAUGUUGAAGGCAUAGUUUUACUAUGAAAGUACUUUUAUUUGUGAGAAACCAAUUUUCAUGGUUUUCAUGGGUGACAUUAUCCAUGAAUUUAAGUGACAUGUAAAUGGCCUAAUAAACACCUUUGAUGGUCUUUAAUCAGUCUCUAUUUCGAGUUCAUUAGUACGUAUGAUCACUUUGAUUUACAAUUUACAUUGGUCAAUUUAUACUUUGAAGCUUCCUUUCAUCUAGACAAUUUCUAACGUUUGUUUCUAAUAACUUCAAUAUUUUGAUUUUUUCUUUUUUUUGGAAAACUAAAAUCUACAAUUUUAAAACCCACGAACAUGUAAAUGUUGCUCAAAUCACGAAAAUUGAAACCCACAAAUUAAAGUACUUUCACAGUAACUAAAUUGAUUUUGUGUGUCCUAUAGAUUUC